UGAAGAUAUACAGAAAGCUAUAAAUUAAGCUGAGGUUUCCUAAACCAAGAUCCUGAGUUAAACUGAUGAGUCAAAUGAGUCAAUUUAAUAUUUUGCAGUGAAAUUUACUUUGUAAGUUCUGAGCGUUGAGUAUUAUAUGGAGCUGAUGUAGAGCAGUGUUGUCAUUUAAUUUGAAGUACCUAAGUACUAAGAACAUUGGAUUAAAAAACAUCAGGAGAUUGAAACAUACUGUAUUGUCAAACUUUAAUGCAAAUAUGGCCCAAUCUCAAUGGACAAUCGUGAGUUAUAUACUAAUGGCAGUAUUUCUGGCAAUGUUUGGAACUAUCGGUCUCUCUCGCUGGAUUACCAUUCAGCAAUCACAUGGGGUAACUGAAACUAUCAUGCUUGGCUUGUUACUAUCUCUCCAAGUAACAACAGUCAUACUUCUCUUUGUGUUUACAAGAGUGAACAGGACUCAAUGGAGGUAUGUUCCCUGGAGGCUCUCUGAUACACAUGGAAUAACAAUCAUUGGCCUAACUAUAUUCCUCAUCGGGACAUUCGUCUACGAUAUCUUUAGCAUCAUUGCCACGACUGAGUGCCUUGAUGUUUAUCGACAUUUCGAUGAAAAAUAUGAUGAGAAAAUAAUUGACCUUGUAUUGCUGAUCUUCAAGCCAUUACUAUAUAUGUCAUCGCAGUUGUUGUUUCUGAUGUGGUGUAACUAUGGCAACAUUCAGAACAAUCCAAACAUUAGAAAGACCUCUGUGUUCAUAUUCGCAGCAGCCACAAACUUGUUCUUCUGGAUAUAUUCGUUUUUGUUUGAAUCUAAAAAAAUAUUUCUUCAAGAGGAUCCUGAGUACAACAUAACAAAGCUUGACCCUGCUAUACAGAAACAUGCAAAUGAAUGUCUACAUGAAGAAAGCGAGAUGCAGAGAACAGCAGACAAUGUAGAGAUUUAUCUUUAUCCUGUUCAAAUGGAAUUCUGUAUCUUAGCAACCAGUUUGUUACUCCAUACUUGGUCCCAUAUAAAACACAGUCGUAUGAGGAUGCAUGAUGAUGAUGAUAUGAUUGAUUUUCCAGCAGAUAAUGGUGAUGGUGGGCCAAAGGAUGAUGCAAAUGGACAGCAUGCUCUGAUUCGUAGAAAUAAUGGCCAAGACAAUGAAGUGAAUGGAAAUAACAAUGUGAUUGGUGGGAAUGAUGCUGACCCUCCACCAGUGCAUGAAGUAAAAUGCUAUGGGCUAUUAUGGAUCAUUGCAAUAAUGCUGAUGACUCUAAUGUUUACGUUUGAGUGUCUUUUAUAUGUUGAAACAUUCUACAGCAAAGCAAUCCUCAUUGUUAUUUCAAUUAAAACACUUUAUGACCCAUCUCUUGCAAUAGUAUGUGCAUAUGUGAUAUACAAGCUAAAGAAAUCUGGGAAAAUGAAGCGGUAUGGUAAUAUUGAUACAGAAUGUGUCAUUAUGUUAAUCUCAUCUCUAGGCCUUGUCAUUGAUGUCGCGUUCACCUAUAUAUCUGUUAUUCCAACAAUAAUUUACCAAAAUGUUGAUCCUAACUGGGCAAAUGAGUGCAAUGACUUAAACAUUAUCCAUGAUAUAUCAAACAAUGAUGAAAGUGUCCGUCAAUUUCUGAUCAUUAGUGUUUUAAGUUUGGUACGACAGUCAUUUAAACUUAUUCAAGUCAUGUUACAAGUGUACCUUAUAAUCAUAUUGACCAGUUUCUAUACUGGCCCCAUUGAUAAUUGGUUAUCCGAAUGUCUCGGGUUCAUACUCAUCCUUAACUUUGGUCACUGGUUAUCAGACAGUAUCGUUGAGGUUAAGUUCACCAAUGCUUCCCCUGUUCAAGAACACUACUUUGGAUGUGACAACUGGCUUGUCAUAGUUCACAUAUUUUUCACUCUGGCAAUCUACUUCAGGUUCCACAGUGUGUUAAUGCUAUCUGAACAUGUUAGGCGUAAUAAGCAUGGACAUGAUGGCUAUCAACGACUGGAUGGUGAUAAUGUCCAGGAACGUGAACAACCAGUAAACAACAAUGACCAUGCUUGAUUAGCAAUCAAGAUAUGAAGAGUGAAUAAUAUAAGGGAUUUUUAUAAAUAUAACUAAGGCAAAGAACAUAUUUUGAAAGUUUAAACCUUGGUCCCUGACUGCUACUCUUCUAAACUGUCCAUGUAUUUUGUGUUUACGAAGCUGUGUUUACUUGAAUGACUACAAUAUACCACAUUUUAGUGCAUACAGUAUUUAUACUCAAGUUCUGUUUAGUUGAUCUUAAGAAAGUGAAUAUUCAACAUUGAAUGAAACACUUUAUUUUUCAACACCCUUUUAAUAUUUCAAACAUCACGAGGCAAAUCAAGCAAUGUCAACAUGUCUGGCACUUUUCUUUCAUUGAUAUACCUUUUGCCUUUUAUUUUGAAUGGUAGUGCCUUUUUAAAGAUGCUAUAUCAUCAGUUCAUUGGAAACAAAAUCCAAAUAUUUCAUCUAUGAAGAGCAAUACCUAUUCAUUAUUUAAUAAAUUUUCAAGGUGUAUUUCAUUUUUACAGUUUAAGUCUCCCAAGACUUUAUGUCACUAUAUCAAGUUACUGGAAGGCCAAAGCGACCUAUGUGUCAAAUUCAGCUAAAAGGUAAUAAUAUAUACCUCCAUGAAGCUAUAUAACACUCUUGUCUCUUUAGUCUCAAAAAAGUUCAAGGUCACAUUUAUAGGUCAAGGUCAUCAAUAUGGGUUCCAAUUCCUGUAAUGCCACAAGUUUUAUCUUAAGUGAGAUGUAUGAAACUGCCCUAGUACAAUUCAAGUAUUUACUUACCAAAAGUGCACAAUCUAUGGCUGCAAUGAGGAAAGGGUCCAGAAAAGCUUGUAUCCCAUAAGCCACUGUGAAUUUCGAUCCAAUAUCUGGGAAAGAACCAAGAAUCCUUUGACAGAGCCAGCUGCUUAUGACCAAUAUCGUGAAUAUAAGAACAUUCAUGAAAGGCCCUAUGGUCACCAAAGCAAUCUCUUCCCUUGUGUGAAGCAGUGUAUUCUGGUAGUUCAAACUCACUGUGUAUGGCAGGAAUUCAAAUCUGAAAAAGAAUUGUUUAACACAUUUCAUAUUUGGCUAUUUUCAAGUUAAAGCAGU